ACACACGAUGGGGUAGGAUAAAGUGAAUUGAUGAAUGUGGCUGAGAUUCGAGACUUGUAUAGCGCUUCGUAGAAGUGUAGAACAAUAUAAACAAUGUCUUUCUUUAGGCAGUUGCUUUGUACUAUCGUGGUGAGCUACUCUUGUCUGACGUUGGGAGUGACGUUCACCUGGCCCUCAUCAACCCUCCUGCUGUUCCGCUCUGAGAACACCACGCUGCACCGCACCAUGACGGAGACCGAGCAGGCGCUCUUGGGGAGCCUGUCCUCCAUAGGAGCCAUGAUCGCUACGCCAAUCGCGGGCUUUCUUUCGGAUGUGAAGGGACGGAAAUUUUGCAUGGUUAUGAUGUCGUUGAUGCACGUUAUCUGCUGGUCAAUGAUAAUAACCUCAAACAGAGUGGAAGUUGUGCUCACUGCCAUGUUCGUGUCAGGCAUCGGCUGCGGCGCCUACUUCGUCACCCCCGUCUAUAUCAGCGACUUCUGCCAAGAAUCCAUAAGAGGCCAAAUGACUUCAGGAGCCGUAGUCUUCUACGCAAUAGGAACGAUAGUCUCGUACAUAGUUGGUGGAUUUUUGGACUACUUCAAGAAUGUCUACGCUUGUCUUGGAAUUUCGGUGCUUGGGGUCAUCCUGCUAAGUCUGAUGAAAGAGUCGCCUUUGUUCCUCAUGAUAAAGGGGAGAGAAGAGGAAGCCAAAGAGUCUUUAGCUUUCUUCAGAAACGUAAGUCCCGAUUCGAAGGAGGUGUUACAAGAGGUGGAGACCAUUCGGCGCGGACUAAACCCUGAGAUGGACGACCCAGGCACGCCAGAAGAGGAAUGGAAACUGAAACCCAUUUCGGAGAAGAAAAAUUCAUCGUUGCUUCAGUUUAUAAGACAGUCCUACUCCACCCGUCGUGCACUCGCCAUCGCCAUAGUCCUCAUGACACUGUCAAUAUUCCAAGGCCUCAUCGUGGUGCAGGUGUACGCAGAGCCACUGUUCACCGAGGCCAUUCCCAGCAUGUCGCCCACCAUCUCAAGCAUUUUAUUCUCCACGGUCACGUUUGUUGUUGGCCUCGUGACAGCUUACCUUACCGACAUUGUUGGAAGAAAGCCCUUAAUGCUGUACUCCUCCCUCGCCGCCUCAGCAUGCUGCAUACUACUAGGCUCGCAGAUCCAUCUACGCUGGGCUCCUCAUAGCGCCACUGCUGUCUUCAUAUACCUGUUCUGCGUGGCGUAUACUAUGGGAGCGGGCACUAUCCCUUACGUAACCAGCCCUGAGCUGUUUCUUCCUGAGGUAAAAAGCUUCGCCAACAUGCUGGUAACGGAAUGGAUAUGGCUAUGCACCUUCAUUAUCCUGUUCGUGUUUCAACCGCUCGUGUCUGUCAUUGGGCUGGGGCCAGUCUUCUACAUUUUCGCUGUCAUCUGCUUGGCUUCAGCUGUUUUUACACACUUUUGUUUGCCAGAAACUAAAGGAUUGCCCGUCGAUGAGAUUCAGGCGCUGUUUAGCAAGAAACGUAGUAGUAAUUAUGCAUGAUUGGUUUUUAUUAAAUGUUUAUAUUUUAACGUUUUGUACCUGACGAUA